AUGGCAUCAGGCGGUAUUUAUGCACCACCACCUCCGUCAUUCCCCCAGCACGGCCAUUCUAAUUCUAUGAACGCCCCAUUUCCCCAAGACCCUUCGUCUAUGGGGCCGUACGAAGCUCAGUCGGUCGCUUCCACACCCGCGCCCACCCCUCUUCCUCCGAGACCAGCAUCUCAGCAUCACCAACAAGGUCAGGUACAGCAGCAGCAACUGGCGUACAGCACGAAUGGAGGCAUGAUGGCCGCCCCAAACAGUUUUGGCGGAUACGCCGAGGCAAACAUGUUUGCGCAGCCAAACCUAUACUCGAAUGGCGCGAAGCCGCAGAUCUAUACGGCUGUAUACUCCAAUGUCUCCGUUUUUGAGAUGGAGGUAAACGGUGUUGCGGUCAUGCGGCGGCGAGCGGACUCUUGGCUGAAUGCCACUCAGAUACUCAAGGUUGCAGGAGUUGAUAAAGGGAAGAGAACGAAGGUGCUUGAGAAAGAAAUCACCGGCGAGCAUGAAAAGGUCCAAGGCGGCUACGGCAAAUACCAAGGCACUUGGGUCAACUAUCAGCGUGGUCGCGAGUUCUGCAGACAAUAUGGUGUCGAACAGCUCCUGCUUCCACUGCUGGAGUACGAGAUCGGCUCGGACGGCAUGCCGGGCGCGUCGCAGGGUAUUGAAACGCCCACAAAAGAACAAGCCAUGGCCGCUCAGAGAAAGCGGAUGUAUGGUGGAGACGGUCGACCUUCCGGACAGUCAGUUGGCGGCACAUUUUUCAAGAACAUGUCCAGUACAGCAGCAAAUGCCAUUCAUGCACUCAACAGAACACGCUUGGACUCCCCGAAUAUGGAUGGACGCCGCUCGGCCGGGCCUCGAAGACCAUCUCAACAGUUCAACUAUAGCCAGGAACCCAUGUACGGGAGCCAGCAGAGUAUGCCCAGUAUGACGACCCAGGACAGCUUCGGCACGAAUGGCGGCAUCAUGAGCCAGGGCGCAAGUUUUGCAGAGUUUCCGAACACCGACGGACAAGAGCCGCCGCGAAAGCGCAUUCGUCCUUCACCUCAGUCCUCUUUCCUCUAUGAUGGUGCGAUUGAUCUCAGCAUGCAGGACGGUACUCCCACAGAGCCGAAUGUCUCUUUUUUCUCACAGCCCAGUCAAUCUUUCAUAGCCUCGGAUCCUCUACACCAUGGACUUGAGCCACUCCCGCACCCCUCGGGUCCCUUGGAGGAGCAGAAAAAAGAUCUUCUCCUUGAACUAUUUAUCGACCCCGAAAGAACAGACUUUGACGACCACCCCGCUUUUCUGCGCCUGAGUGGGGACGAGUUUGAGAUGCCCAUCGAUGGAUCAUGUAACACUGCGUUGCACUGGGCGGCGACUCUGGCACGCAUAGCCCUAGUUCGGAAGUUGCUCGACAAGGGUUUCAACAUGCGGCGGGCCAACAGUGGAGGGGAAACAGCACUGAUAGCUGCAUGUCAAGCACGAAACAAUCUGGAUCGCAACAGCUUUCCAGCUCUACUCGAGCUUCUUGGACCCAGCAUUGAAGUCAGAGACGGGCGUGGACGGACCCUUCUGCAUCAUAUUGCUGUAUCUUCCGCAAUGAAGGGCAGAGCGUCUGUGGGAAAAUACUACCUGGAGUCGCUGCUAGAGUACGUGAUCCGGCAAGGAACGGCGUCGCAGCCGAUCAUGUCGUUCGAUGCUAUGAACGGGGUCAACGCCCAGAGUCAAGCGAAUCCGAUGACUUUGGCAAGGUUCAUGUCAGAUAUAGUCAAUGCGCAAGACAAGGCGGGAGACACAGCACUCAACCUGGCCGCGAGGACCAGUACGACCGCCAUUAUCGAUCAGUUGAUUGAAGUCGGAGCCGAUGCAAGCAUCGCCAAUCGUGGCGGGCUUGCUCCUGUGGACUUUGGAGUGCAAGGCCAGGCAACUGGUGGCAUCACUGACCCCAAUUUGACUAACCUGUUUGAGCAACCUUCGAUAGCUAACGGAUCUCCUCAGAAGUCCUUCGAGGAUGCUCAAGAGGGACUCAUGACUUCGAUCAGAGAAGUUCUCUCACAGUCUGAAGCUGACUUUGCAGCGGAAAUGAAAGAAAAGAAGGACAUACUGGACAAGACCAAUGCAGCGCUCAAGGAAUCCGGCAACUCGCUCGCAGAGGAGCGACGUCGCCUGGAAGACGCACGCGCCAAGGUCCGAGAAAAGGACGAACUGGAGCAGAAGAUAGCCAAUCUGCGGCAGGCGACCGCCAAACUGCGCGCAGAACUCAGUGCGAUGGAUCCCCCAGCGACGAUACAGGAGCACGUCGCCGUGGGCGAGGCGGACAAAGGUCUCGACCUGGACGGGCAGCUGCCGGUAAUAGCACAACUGUUGCAGAAUGGAGAAGCUGACCCCAGCAAUGUGGCCUUGAACCAGGAGCAAGGCAAUCUCCUGGCCAGCCUGGAAAGAGCGGAGGUCAUGUCUGGACGUGCCAAGGUGUAUCAGCGGCACAAUCAACAACUGGAGCAGACGGCCAAGACGCUCAAGGCUCGCAGUAGCGAGUUGGAAGAGCGGUACAAGAAGAUCGUCAGCUUGUGCACUGGCGCAGAUGAAGACAAGGUCGAUGAGCUGCUGGAUAACCUGGUGCAGGCCGUCAUCAGUGAGCAGAAGGAGAUGAGCAACAACUCACAGUUACCGCGAGUCAGGGAGUUUUUACGUCUGGUGCAAGGGUCGGGGAAUUAA